UAUUUCGAAUUGUUGAUAACAAGUGUUGAGAGUCUACGGAAAAGAAAUAUUCAUUCUAUACGACGCCUAAGACCCUUGAACAGAUAUGUUGCCCACAAUGGCUUUAAAAUAUCAACCCAGUGUGGUGAGUUGGGCGCUCUUCCUUUUGACACUUAGCGGGUACAGCGCUGCUCAGAUGCUUUAUGAAAACGAUUUCUGUGAUUUUGCUGGCUACGAAGGCACCUGCUUGCCAACGAGUAAAUGUUUUCAUCUGCAGUCCAUUAUGGAAGAGUUGGGACUAAAAAGUUAUAAUGUGGGACGUUGUGGCUUUACCAUUACAGAGGAGCUAAUAUGCUGUCCAAAGUGGCCAACACCCUUACAAAUGCCACCAGUACAAUUACCACCUGAGCUACCAAAUGAGUUUGUAGAUUUCUCAAAAGGAUUUACACUUCCUACAUCACAGGGAGGAGAGGAAACAAUUCAAAAUCCAUGGCAAAAUGUCAGUUUAGAUGAUAAAAUUAAUGCAAUAUUUAGUGGAGCAACUAGUAAUAAUAACGGUGUAUUAAAUGACGUAGCCUUAUGGAAUGUGAACGUAAAUGAAAACAGUAACGGUUUAUUAAAUGAGAGCACCCCGGUGUUGAGUGAAAAUACAGUUGAAAUAUUAAAUAAACAACCCGAGAAAACCGAAAACCUUGACGAUAUCUUGAAAAAACUAUUCGACGGUGCACCAGCCGUAAGUGAAAAGAAAAAUCAAGGUUUGCUCCCCGAAAACACUGUACUGGAUGAAAACAUAAGCGAAAGGGCACAAAAUAUUUUCGGUGGCAACACUGAUUCAGAUGGUAAGCUCAAUCAAAAUGCUUCCAGUGGUAGGCUCAUAAAGGAUGAAGAAGUGAACGAGAGAAUAAAAAAUAUCUUUAAUGUUAAUCCAGCACCAGUAGAAACCAAUAGCGAUCAACCAAAAGACCCCAUCGAUGCAGACCAAGCACCUGGUGACAGCCUAAAUGAAAGACUAAAAAAUAUAUUUAAUUUAAAUCAGGUUCAAGAUGAAAAUCCGCUAAAUCCGCAGCAGGAUAUAGUUUCGGUAAACCGAUCAACGGAUGGAAACGUAAACCGAAAUUUGCUCACCGGAAACAUCCCACGAGAUGAAAUCACCAAUGAAAAUUCUAAAAAUAUAUUCAAUGAACCAAGAGAAGAGUUUAUUGGAAGCUCGAAUACAGAUCAUCUUCCAGAUGAAAAACUCGCUGAGGGCAUAAAUAAACUAGAUGGAGAUCUUAAUGAAAAGUGGAAAAAUGUAUUUAAUGGCAGCUCAAUUGUCGAUGAAAAUCACAUUACAGAACCGUUAACUAAAUCUAUCGAUGACAAGCGCAGAGAAGGCAUAAUAAACACAAACCAACUGAACGUGAAUCCUGUUGGGUUGGGCGAUAAAGUUACCGAGAAAAAUUUAAGCACAAACUCGUUUGCCGGAAAUUUCUCGCCCAAUGGAAAACUAAGUUCAGAAAUACAGAAUCCAACCGUAAAAGAUUUUAACCCAGCGAUAUCGUUAGAAGGCAAUCCAUGGUUAGAUAACAAUCAAUUCAAUGGCAAUUUAGCGUCGCCUGUGUUGGGACAGGAGGUUAAACCAAUCCCAGUGCCAAUUGAAAGCGGAAAUUUAAUGCCAAGUGGUGACACAAAGGUUCGGGAUAGAGUUGAAAUUGAAACAAGCAAGAACGUAUUUGAAGAAAAUUCAGAUUUCGCCGCAGCGGCAGAAACUGAUAGUAGCAACGGUGCAUUUAAUUGGAAACCCGUAACGGUUGCAGACACAAAAGCUGCAGGGGAUAAUGAAUUUCAAGAGAAGACACCUUCAAAGUAUGAACCUUCUAAUAUUCCCUAUCCGGCCGUACCGGUUGGUGAUAUAACAGUCGGAUCGGAUAAUAUAUAUUUGGAUACUGAGCUCCAAGAAACACCAUCAAAGUAUGAACCUUCAAACAUUCCUUAUUCACCUGACAUACCACCACCACCAUACAUUGAGAGUACAUUUAAUAAAGACUCAAGCGAAAGUGACAGUGAGAGCUCAGAGAGUAUAAGUUUCUCUAGUGAAUAUGCCGGAAACGCUAAACAUUUUGAACUUCACAACAAUAAAGAUUAUUUUAAUAAUCUCCCAUCAAUUCAUCAAUUUAAUCAACCUCAGCCACCGCAGGAAAAUAAUGGCUUAUUUUAUGGACCUCCUCCACCAUAUGGACAUGCUUUUAAUGACAAUCCACAGAAUAUACCUAUUGUGGAUCAAGAGAAUGACAAUCAAAAUGGCAAUUCAAGAUUUAAGAGUAACGCCAGACAUAGAGACUCUAUGAUACAUGAAGUAAUCAGGGAUAGUGCGUUUGAUUUGGCCAACCGUUUAGUCCAAACAAGGCAAAAAGUUAUUAAUAAUUUAAAAACAGUUAAUCCAUUCCGGAAUUAUGUGAUUCAAACGAGAAAUGAACGUCGCAGGAGUCGAAAUAGGAAUCGGUUUCCUUGGCACUAGCGGCGAGCAGGCAUUUUCUAAAAAGCGUCUUUCAGAACAAUAAAUAUACAGGGUUUUCCAAUAAGAGGUUUUAUUUUGACAUUAAAAAAAAAACAUUGCAUUUUAUUUGGAUAAAAGAUCGGUUUUUAGUUUCAGUCUAUAGAGGAAGAUACAUUAUUAAUAAUAUAAAAUAAAAUCCACCAAAUGGACCCACUGUUAAGCUUAUAGGACCGUAACCUUUCUAUGAAAUCUUCCAUCACCAAAUCACAAAGUGGUUGCUGUGUGCUCUCAACAGCUUCACGAAUUCUAUCUUUGAGGUUUCAAAUCGACGUUGGCCAUGUGGCAGCAAAGGACUAAGGCGUAAGGUAUUAAAUCCAAUAGCGAUUAGCUCUUCGAGAGGAAACAUGGUCCGAAAACAUUCACCUUAAAAAAUCGAUGGUUUCGUUGCUUGUGUGGCACGUAGCGCAGGUUUUUUAAGAGUAAAAGGGGUCCAGUUCAAUACCGUCCAAUUCCGGCCAUAAAAAGUUAUUAAUUGUUUCUCGAUAGCGCAGUCUAUUCACCAUAACUGCAGUUCCAGCGUCAGUUUGCAAAAAGUGAGGUCCAAUGACUGCUGGACCAAAAAACGGAACAAACCGUUACACGUUGAGGAUGGAGAGGCCUUUUAACAACAAAUCUUGGUUCAUUAGUCCAGGUAAUUUUUCGAGGCAAUUCUGGAUCAUUUUCAUGCAUAUUUUCCAACAAUUUCUGUAUUGCGUUCCGACAAUGUGCUUUACGACGACUGAAAAAGGUUUUAGUUUUGUUUUAUUAAUUUCAAUGCAUUGUUGAAUCGAGUAUCGUGCCAGUUUUACGGCUGGCAUAGUUUAUACUUGUCAAAUCUACCAGAAUAGCAGGCCAUUCAAAAUAACACCUCUCAUUGGAAUACCAUAAAAAUGCCACGAAAUUAUAGAGUUAAGAAAAAUAAUAUAUUAUACAUAAAUAUAUAUAAAUAUUUAUGCGAAC